AUGCGCCAGAAAGCCUCUCAACAACCUGCUGCCAUGAUGAGAAUCGCUAUCGCAGGAGGCGGCUCCUUUGCCUACAUCCUCGCCCAGGAGAUCACCAAGAGUGCCCAUCCCGUUCUCAUUCUCACUCGACAGCCUCAUCCAGAAUUCGAAGAAAACCUCCCCUCAUGCCAACUCGCCCUAGUAGACUACCAAAACGUCGAAGAACUGCACUACGUUCUCCGCGGCGUCGACCUCCUCAUCUCCACCAUUUCCAACAACGAACAGCUCAACCUCAUCGACGCCGCCCGCCGCGCCCGCGUCCGCUGCUUCGUCCCCUCUGAAUUUGAGGGCCCCCUUUCCCACCGCCCACCGGCCAACUCGACCGACCCGCUCGACAACCGCGGCUCCCGCGCCGCUUUGGACCUUUUGGAGUCUUGGUCCCAAUCCCGCUCUCAUCGGAUGAACUACACCGUUUUCUCAUGCGGAAUCUUCAUGGAAAGAUUUGCUCGCGGUGGACUGCAGCCUUGGGGAAUCGGGACGCAGCUGGGGUUGAUGGGGCCGAUGCCGACGAGUGAUUACUUGGUGAAUGUCGAGCAGCGCACGGCGGAGGUGGUGGAACGGGAUGCCCAGGGACGGACGGCGUACGUGGCUAUGACGAGCAUGUAUGAUGUUGCCAGGUUCGUGGCGGCGGCGGUGGAGUUGACGGGAGCGGGAUCUUUGGGGGUGCCGUUGGAGAGGUGGCCGAGGGAGUGGAGGGUUAGGGGGGAUUGUAUGGCGGUGGGGGAGGUGGUUGGGGUUUGUGAGGUUGUUAGGGGUGUCCAGUUCAGCGUCACAAGACGAACCUACCAAGAAGCCGAGGCCUGGGCGAACGAGUACCAUCGUGCUGGCGAUGUGGCGACAUAUCUGUACUAUCAGAGAUUGUUGCAGACUGCUAACGGGCGGUAUAGCAUUCGCUCGACGAACCUUAACGAAUUGGUAAAUCAGAGCGAGAGGACGGCCUUUCAGCCGAUGAGGCUUAGGGAGUGGUUGGAGCAGGUUUGGGGACCUGUUCUGUAGGUAUCCUCAAUCUCACGAGAUCAUGUGGGAUGGGCGUUGAGCGUUGAACAUAUAGAGAAGGAGUUGGGGAAGGAGUAAGGACUACAUGGUGUUUUGGCAUACGCAUGGGAUACCCAUACCCCUUUUGUUUGGCUUUGUUUUUUACCCCUUUCCUCUUCCCAGCGCGUUAACACCUUGUCUACAAAAGUCGAGUUUUGGUUUUGUUUAUUGGUAAAAAGAUGGCUACGUACACGGAAGUAAUGGCAUGGUGGUGUUAGUUAACGUCUCCCUUGUCUCCCUUUAAUACAUAGACUCUCCAGUUUCUACAUCUGAUUCCCGUCACUACCCCUUUCAGUUUACAACCACAUUUUCUUCUUCUUCUUCUCUCCUCAUGCUCUAAACCAAUUGUAAGUUUCUUUGCUUCUUCCAACCUCCGCAUCACACCAGAUAGAUCAUGCUGUUUGUUUUAGCGCAUUAAGCGCGGAGCACAAGCGUUGGAAAG